AUGAAAGUGAAUCCGAAUUGUGCGGGGGCCGGGGAUCGUGCAAGUGAAGAUGAUGAAAACGUUGCCUUCAGGCCACUUGAAGAGGCAGCUCAAGCAGGGGAAGAUCUGCGGAUUCCUCGGAAAGCUCACAUUUCCAGGAAACGUAAAAUUGAAACAAACCGUGGAAAUCAAAAACGAAGUAAACGGGGCUCGAAAGAUCCAAAACUGCUCAGUGCUUGGGACAGAAUUAAGCAAUACAAGAACGAACAUUUGACUGUUGUUAACGGGAAGCUCCGCUGUGAUGCUUGCAAAGAGAUUAUUUCAAAGAAGAAAAAAAGUUCGAUUAAAAAGUAUGUCCUCACCAAUAAACAUUCAACGGGAAAGAAAACCAUCGAGGCAAGUAAAAUUAGACAGCAGUCUAUUGUUGAUGUAUUGCGAAGUAUUGUUGCGAAAGUUCACCCGAAAGGAGAAACUCUUCCUAAUGAAAUGCGUUUAUUUCGGUAUGAUCUUGUGGAAAUGUGUUUGAAAGCAGGAAUACCAAUUGCCAAAAUUGAUGUUAUGAGGCCAUUUCUGGAAAAAUAUGGGCACCGUUUAACUUCAAGUGUUCAUCUUUCAGAAACCAUCCCACUCGUGUUGGAUAAAGGAGACUCUGAAAACUGA